AUGUUACGCUUCCCCCUCCCCGCUGCCGCUGUUGUAUCCCACGCAGGGCACGGCGGCGUGAACCAGCUCGGCGGGGUGUUCGUCAACGGAAGACCCCUCCCGGACGUGGUGCGCCAGCGGAUCGUGGAGCUGGCCCACCAAGGGGUCCGGCCCUGCGACAUCUCCAGACAGCUACGGGUCAGUCACGGCUGCGUCAGCAAAAUCCUCGGCAGGUACUACGAAACGGGCAGUAUCAAACCGGGGGUGAUCGGGGGUUCCAAACCCAAGGUGGCCACCCCAAAAGUGGUCGACAAGAUCGCCGAGUACAAGCGCCAGAACCCGACCAUGUUCGCCUGGGAGAUCCGGGACCGGUUGCUGGCCGAGGGCGUGUGCGACAACGACACCGUGCCCAGCGUUUCGUCCAUCAACAGGAUUAUCCGCACCAAAGUCCAGCAGCAGUUCCACCCGUCCCCCGACGGAUCCGUCACGCCGCUCUCCACGCCGGGACACACCAUAGUCCCCAGCACAGCCUCCCCGCCUGUGACCAGCGCCUCCAACGACCCCGUAGGAUCCUACUCCAUCAACGGCAUCCUGGGAAUCCCUCGCUCCAAUGGCGAGAAGAGGAAACGAGACGAAGUUCUCUGGACUGGCAACCACUUGGACGGACGGAAAAUCGGACAUUGCGGUUCUGACGGCUCGGGCCCAGGCAGCGACUCUCAGGGCAGCGUGGAGAGUUUAAGGAAGCACCUGCGGGCGGACGCGUUCACCCAGCAGCAGUUGGAGGCCCUGGACCGCGUGUUCGAACGCCCGUCCUACCCGGACGUCUUCCCUACUUCCGAACACAUCAAACCCGAGCAGGCGAACGAGUACUCCCUCCCGUCCCUGAACGCCGGCCUGGAAGACGUGAAACCGAGCCUCUCCAGCAGCGGCAGCUCCGACCUCGCCUCCAGCGUCUCUCAGAGCUACUCGGUUGUGACAGGUCGAGACAUGGCGAGCACCACCUUACCAGGGUACCCACCUCACGUCCCGCCAACGGGACAAGGCAGCUACCCGACCUCGACACUCGCUGGAAUGGUUCCAGGAGGGGACUUUUCUGGAAACCCUUAUUCUCAUCCGCAGUACACUACUUAUAACGAAGCAUGGCGGUUCAGCAAUCCAGCAUUACUAAGUUCCCCUUAUUAUUAUAGUGCCGCAUCCCGUGGCUCCGCACCUCCCACCGCUGCCGCUGCCUACGACCGCCACUAGUUACCAUGGAGACCAGCUCAAACUGCAGGGCCGCGGCUUCGGCCUCCGUAUUGUCCCCGUCUGAGAAAACGCUGAGGUCAAAGGGAAUUGCGAGGGGGAGAACCUAACGGAAAAGCCGCCGGGUCACGCGGACUAGAGGAAGGAUCGGCGAGGUUGGACGCCGAUGCGUCAGCGUUACACACUUGGGGCCGUACGAGUCACCGCAACCAUCGCGGCCUCACUGCCCCACAGAACCCCACCCACCCAACCACCACCCGGAACAUUUCCAGAAUCAUUUUGAAGAGAUUAUAUAAAUAUAUAUAUAUAUAUAUAUAUUAUGAAAUAUAAAUUCAAGACGUGUGACGAUUCCAUGUGGAAAAAAAACAAAACAUCUUGUGGGAUUUUAUUUUGCCUCUUAGUUGCUGUUGUUGGUCUUUUAUUCACACCAUCCUCACGUUGCUUUUCCAUCAUGAAGUGCAGUAUUUUUCAGCUCUUAAAGUCCCUGUAACGUGAAUUCCGACUUGUAGUAAAUGCAUUACACAGCAAUUUUCACUAUUUCCGUUUUCCUGAUUUCUGACACACCUCGGCGUCCCGCAUGAGUCCACCCCUCACCCACCAGAUAACAGCCGAACCACCUAUGUUCAUUUGAGUGGCUACCUAGCGCAGCCACGAGUAACUUAGUUACGACUACUGGGCCCAUUUUUACCACUAGAACCCGCUAGCUAGCUGUGCCUACGCCGCAAAAAUGCGUCUUCUCUGGAUGCCACAAUUAAUGGAACAGUUUAGUGGAUUAUGAAAAUUCCCAGGAGGUGACACCAGGAUGAGCCCACUGCCCACCAUCUGGAAAGGGGAAGGGGAAGGACCCCGGUUCACUCAUGAUCGGGGGCGCUGGUGGCUAGCACCUCUCAUGGAAGACCCUGCGACGACCCAGUGGGAUGCAUUCUAGUCACUGAUGCUAUUUUUGCAGCGCAAACAUAUAGAGAUGCGAAGGCAAACUAGCAUCAAUUUUUCAGGUCGUAGUCGCGGUAUUUGGAUUGGAGAAUUUCAAAGUUCAGUUCAUAGUCAAAUGUGGCAGGGUUGUUAACAACACUCCUUUGUGGUGUCUUUGUUUUUCACUUCAAAAAGACAUUAAUAAGAGACAAAUGGUUUAAUAGCUUGACGGUAAAGCGGAUUCCGUUGCAAAGACGUUAAUUAUCAUCCUGGCUGUGUGUCGUAGAGACGUCCCGACUCUGUUGCUUCUAAAGGAUUCCCCAUUUUCUGAGCCCACAAAAAAAAAAAAAAAAAACGGCAGCGUCAUGUAGCGAAGAAUCAGAUGUAAAUUGUUUUUCAAAAUACAAAUGUCAACUUGGAAUUUUUAAAUGUUAAAUUAUUUUUUUCUGUUACAAAUGAUGUUACCAAGGAAAAUGCACCGGUUUUGAGCGUAGUUGUCACACGUUGCUAAUAUUCCACUCUGUCCGUGAACAACCGAUUUGUUUUCUUUUCCAAAUUCAGAAAAUGGUUUUUUUUUGUUUUUGUUUUUUUUUUUGGGAAUCUUUUGAAUUUAUGGUGUGCAUGGACAUCAGUAGAACUCAGUGGACUUUGUAAGCCAUAGCUCCUUGGCUCCACUAAAAAAAAUCCUGUUCACCAACUCGGUCGCACCACUAGAUGCCUACAGUUGAGCAUACCGACUGUAAAUUAGCUUCGACGUAUGCCUUAUAAAACGAUUUGUUCACCUUCACCUACGGCAUCGAAGACAUACACGCCGCCAUUCUUUGCCUCGCAUUUAACUCUCGCUGUGGACUGAAAGAAAAACCCUUGUUCCUUUUGUUUGACUAUUUUGUGAAUGUACUUUUAACUACAUUUGCCAAAGACUUAGUUUGAUAUUUAAUAUUUUAUUUACAGUGUACGUGAGCGUAACGAAGCAGUAUUACCUUCGAAAACGAGCAAAACGUGCCGGCGCCGACGACGGACGAGGUGACAUCCGGCGACAAUUGUGUUCCACUGCUUUGUCGAAUGACUUGUGAAUAUUGUGAAGACAAUUCUUUGUAAAUACUGUCGCAGUAUCACACUAUUGAACCGGCUCCCUUUGUAGAUAAAACAGACCGAUGCAUUUUCGUGUGUCUUAAUUGUCACGUCGCGCCGUAGCCGACGGCGCAACUGCUGUGUAAAGCGCCGGGGCUACGUGCCGUUUGUAGCAGGCUAACCGCAGAACUGUAGGCUGCCCUUGUUAUUUCCCGUCCAUGAUAAUGCCAUAACGAUGUUUUAUGUCACUAUGCAACAAGUUCAAUGGCUUUUCUGUAUCAUCUUUUGUUGCCGAGCCUCGAACUAACGCUUCUGUGGGGAAAAGGAGCGCGGUGUCGAAGAAUGUUCCUUUCAGCGAGGGUUAGUCCGUGUCAAUAAAAAAAAAAAAGACCAAAAAAAAAGAAAAAAAAACCCCCAACAAAAAAAAAAAAUAGCAACUCUACUGUUGUCCCGUCGGCCAUUUCUAGAUGUUGUGAUCAUUGAGUUCAUCCAAUUCAGUCAGCUCUCAAUGUAUAGACGCAUCCAUCUCAUUCCUUCCUACUAGUAAAACUGUACAUCCUCCGGUAAACAUGACGAUGUCGGAGAAACAGACUGCCGCCACCAUUUAGUCGGGAAUCUUAGCUGUGCUAAGCGGAGCACCUGUGAGGAUGUGGCUCUGUUGUAACGAUGACGCAGGCGAUGUGUCGUGGACAUGGAAAAACGAAAAAAGGAUUUUUGAGGAGAAAAUCUAUAUGGAAAGCCCUGUGGCCUCA